AUGCCCCCGGCAACGAUCCACAUACUUCUACUCGUUGAAGAUCAUGGCACAGCGCCAACACCCAACCAAUAUCUUGUUCCGCAAGGCCGCGUAACAAAAUAUAUUGCCACAGCCUCGACCUUUGCCUAUGCCUGCCACCUUGGGAAUAUCACGGCUCCCUCAAUGAACCGACACAGUUCCUCGUCCGGCUAUCCUAAGGAUCUUCGCACCAGCUUCAGAACUCGCUCCGUGAAACGCUCAGGCAGCGAUCGCGAAGCAGUUUGUUUUGUGUUACUUCAGGUGUGGGGGGACCAUGGCGGAGGCCUCAAGACGUACUCAUAUGUGAUUGAGUGUGACUUCGGUCAGGAGAUUGACGGGCAGAACAAUAUCGAUCAGCAAGGAAAAGGGAGAGCAAGGCUAGCCAUCUCCAAGAAUGACCAAUCCUCCCGAGAACCCUACCCAUCUGCACCAAUUGAAACAUCAUCAACACCAAGUUUCCACCACGACUCACGACCAUUUCCCCACCCCCACCCUCAUCCGCCACUCCCGCCCACUAACCCCUACCUCACCCUCCCAAUCCGUACCAUGAACGCCCAUCCGAUCCCAAAAUCACCACCGCACGGCCCUCGAACCUCCCAAUCGAGCCGAGCGCCCCCAGUCCAGGACCCCCGAACCAUGCCUGAAAGUUGGCAGGAAUUAUUGAAACCAGCCAGGUAUGACGAUUUGGCAGAGCGAAAUGAUGUAGAGGGACAUUCAAAAUGUUCCCUUUCAGAUGACGUUGGCAUUGUUGGCGUUGGAUCGAUCGAGGGAGGAUUGCGGGAGGAGUCGAUUGCGCUGGCUUGUGAUUGGGUGGGCGCGAGAUGGACGCGUGCGAGAGUAAGAUGGCUGUGGAAUAUCGAGCGUCCGAUGUCGAUGGGUGAGGAAUCGCCAGAGUCCAAGUUUUUGCGUUUCAAUCUCUCUUUGCCGUCACAGGCCCAAAAUAUGGCUAGCAGCGGCAGUCUCCUGCACUUCCCAAGUACGGUCACCGCACGUGUCACAGAACAAAGGCGAACUGGUUGUUCGUCUCUCCAACAAUUUGGAGGUGGCAUGUAUGAUCCAAUCACGAUACUGUCUACGCGAACUGACAAGUCCUCAUUUACUACAGCACGUGCUCAUCAUCUCAAUUCCAAGAAGCAGUCAAAUACGAUUGGCGAGGCUCCCAAUUCUGGCAAUUGUCUCUCAAAAUUGCCAAUGAACAGCAUGGGCAGCAAAUACAUGCAUGGUUAUCGCAUUUCGUAUAGACCCUUGCAAGCUUUAUCUAUCGUCUUGGAGGCGCUCGAAUCGCAGCCUAUCAACGAAUAA